AUGUCCAACUUCGAGGCUCUCUUUGGCGGUGAUGCCACUCUCUUUGGCGAUCAAAAUGAUGCCAAUGCGUUUGUCGCCGCCUUCGCCCCCGACGAUGUUCUCCCCGCUGUUGGCUCCGUCCCUCUCGCUAGCCCCGUCCCUGCCAACCACCCCGUCCCUGCCGCCGACGACGGCAUUCUCGCCGACGCCCUUCUCGCUGCUGGCCUCGAGGACCCCGACCUCGUCUUUCCCGCCAGGCCCACCCCUCUCGCUGCCUCUCCCGUCCCUGCCGCCGACGACGGCAUUCUCGCCGGCAACUUUUUCGCUGCUGGCCCCGAGGAGGACCCCGCCCUCGUCUUUCCCGCCAACCCCGCCCCUCUCGCUGCCUCUCCCAUCCCUGCCGCCGUCCCUGCCGCUGCUGCCUUCGCCUCCGUCCCCGUCGCUGCAGUCGACAACAGUUCAUUCCCCGCCGACGGCAGCUUUUAUCCCGCCGACGUUGCCAAUCCCGCCAUGUCUGACAACGAAUUCAAUGUCGACAUGGGUAAUUUCAACGACGACGUUGGUGGGAACAACGGCGAUAACUUUUUUGAGUUUGGGAUGGAAGAGGCGGUGGACGGCAACAACAACAACGACAACAACAACGAUGGCUGGGCCUUUCUCUACGAUAGCCACGGCUCCGUCAACGUCCAGAUGCCCAACAACGAUCUGGACGAUCUGCUCAACGACGCCCUGGCUGCUGACACCCCCGCCCCCGGCUCCAACCAAGCGGACAAUCUGGAUCCGCGCCUUCAGGCCGGGGAGGGAUAUGCUCAGGGUGGUAUGGAGGCCCCGCAGCCGGUUGUGCCUGCUGUGCCUUCGCCGGUGAUGCCGCAGCCGGAGCCGGUUGCAGCCCCUGUGCAGCAGGGAGUACCGCAUCCACAGGCGGUACAGCCCCAGAUGCCGCCGCCUCCCUUCCCGCCCCCGUCCCAGUUCCCUGCCCCGCUCCCGACCCCGACCCCGACCCUGCUGCAGCAACAGCAGCAGCACCAGCAACAGCAGUACCAGCAACAGCAGUACCAGCAACAGCAGUACCAGCAACAGCAGGUGCAGCAGCAGCACUACCAGCAGCAACAGCAACAACAAGGGCAGCAAGAGCAACAGCAGCAGCAACACCAGGAGCACCAGCCCUGGAAGUUUGCCCAGAGGGUCGGCCCCAAGACCUUCCCCCUCAAACUCCGGGCCGAACCCAACUUCAAUGCCUCGCUGGUAGAGCAGCUGAGGCAGCAUAACCCGGAGGCCUUUGCCAACGUCCCUCUCCGCCAGGGCCAGGCCGGGCAGCCCUCACAACCUCUCCCCGGCCCCCAGGCCCCCGCUGCUCCCGCUGCUGCUGCUGCUGCUGCUGCUGCUCCUGACGCCGACGCUCCACCUGCCAAGCGCGGCCGCGGCCGUCCCAAGGGUUCCAAGAACAAAAACCCCAGGCCCAAGGAGCCCCUCCACAGGGUGCGCGGCGGUGCUGGCUCUCGGGUAGCCAAAGCCAGGCCCAGAUCAGCUGCGGACGGGGAGCAGAUACUGGCUGCGGCGGCGGCGGCGGCGGCGGCGAACGAGGAGGAGCAGCGGCCGGUGGAAGGCAUGGAGGGGGUCCAGCACCAGCAUCAGCCCCUCCGCCUAACGCACAAGGAGAGGUUUGCUCUGGGGUUGAGGCAGAAAGCCGAGGGGGAAGCGGAGAUGAUUAUGUCGCAGCGUGCUGGGCCCCGGCCAAGGCCAGAGGAGCUGAUGACGAAGGAGGAGUGGAUGGUAUGGAGUCGGGAGCAGGAGGAAGAGAAGAAAUGGUUGAUGCAGGAAAUCUUGGACACGUGGUUCCAAAGGAAUCGGAGGGAAUAUUUGGAGAAUCUGGAGGACGAUGGGUUGUGGUUGUUGUCUCCGCAGACGUUGUUGACUACGCCCAGGGCUGACCAGUAUAGGCUGCCGCUUCGGGAUGAUGACCCGGAUGAAGACAUGGAUGUGGAUGUUCCGCCGGGAGGUGCUGGUCAUGUGCAGGGGCAGCCGGGAGGUAAUGCUCAGCCAGGAGGGCAUCAUGGGCAUGUUGACAUUGAGGCAACUAUCCAGGAGAUAGAGGAGCAUGGUCAACUUAGACCCGCUCAGAUACAGAUUCUGGCACGAGCUUUGAAUAGGGGUAGGUAA